AUGCCAGGCUCAUCUUCAUCAUCAUCCUCGGCUGCUAAAAGUACUGCUGCUGCCGCUGCCGCUGCUGCCGGUGCUCUCGUUCUUCAAAAACAACAAAUUACAACUAUGGUCUCAACUCCACCAGUUGCCAUCAAAAAGGAACAAUACCCAUUCUGGUAUGGAGGUCUCGCAUCCAUGGCUGCUGCUAUGGUCACUCAUCCUUUGGAUCUCACAAAGGUCCGUCUCCAAACAGCAAAGGAACCAGGCCAACACCUCGUUGGCAUGUUUAUCUCUAUCAUUAGAAAUGAAGGUUUCUUUGCCAUUUACUCUGGUCUCUCAGCAUCCCUUCUGCGUCAAGGUACUUACUCUACAACCCGAUUCGGUGUCUACGAAUACCUCAAAAAGGAAGCCUCCCAUCUCUAUUACGCAGGAUCUGUUCCUGUUGGCCAAGAGUACCCAGCACCUCCUACAUACAUUCUUCUCCCACUUUCCAUGAUUGCAGGUGCCUGUGGCGGUUUAAUUGGAAACCCUGCUGACAUUGUCAACAUUCGCAUGCAAAACGAUCGCUCUCUUCCCAAAUCACAACAACGUAACUAUCGUAAUGCCAUUGACGGCCUGAUACGCAUUGUUAGAGAAGAUGCUGGGGGUUUCCGUGCUCUCUACACUGGUAUCGGUCCCAAUAUCUCUCGUGGUGUGCUCAUGACUGCCUCCCAAGUGGUUUCAUAUGAUGAAGCAAAACGAGCUCUCGUCGCUCUUGGCCUCGAUACUAAAUCAAAAACAACCCAUUUUGCAAGUUCUCUGCUUGCUGGUCUUGUGGCCACCACCAUCUGUUCUCCCAUCGAUGUUGUUAAAACUCGCAUCAUGGAAGGUCAUACCGCUUCCACGGGCUCUACAAAACCUUCAGCAUUUUCCAUUCUUAAAAACGCUGUCAAGACUGAAGGUGUUGGCUUUGCCUUUCGUGGAUGGUUGCCUUCAUUCAUGCGCCUAGGCCCUCAAACAAUUCUUACUUUUGUUGUCCUGGAACAACUCAAGCAUGCUCGUUUAGGAAUGGCUCCUGUCCCCGCUUCUUAA